AUGAUGAUCUCCGUGGCAGUGACACGGAUGAUGGCGAGUGGCUUCAGGCUACUCGUGGCGGCUCGUCCAGUCGUACCCAAGUUGCAGCCCCUGAAUGUCGGUGGGAGCGCCGCGGACCUUCGACUAGCGAAAGCUUUGGUGAGCGUGAUAGACGUGAAGGUGGCAGUCUGCGUCGUCUGUUUGACGGCGACCGUAUUGGGAACGAUGGUGGAUUGCGCCGAGCCUUCGGUGCCGAUCGCGAAAGAGCAGUUCACGCUGGAGUGA